GGCACACCGAAACCAUCGUUCAGUUCGGUUUCAGCGGUUGAGCAGUGCAGCAAUCUCGACAAAGCAAAAACCUUUCCCAUCGACCUGCCUUACCUUUCUGGGACGAUCGGACAGCAGCAGUUAGCAGCAGUAGCACCGAACCGAAAGAUCUCCUGCACCAAAAACAGCAGCAGCACCGUACCAAAGAGUGUGAACGUCGUGUUCGUGAAUUUUCAGCUCGUUGUUUAAUCCCAGCCCAAAAACCCCCAAGUCUCCAAGAACAUUGUAAACGGUAGUCUGUAAGCAAGAUUGUAGCAAAGAUGCCACCGACCGUGCACAAGGAGACCAAUUUCUCCACCACAGACCUGAAGUGGAAGAUGUCUCUGAUCCAGCCAUCCGGUGAACUGAGCGCCAAGAUCAAGGAGGAGCUGCGCGAGCCCGCAAACCCGGCCGACAUUGAGCGCGACAUUGGUAUCAUCCGCGAGUGGUUGAGCAAGCAGCCGCAUCUGCCCAAGGACAUGGACGAUGCCCGCCUGCGCACCUUCCUGCGUGGCUGCAAGUUCAGCCUGGAGCGCGUCAAGCAGAAGCUGGACAUGUACUACACCAUGCGCAAUGCCGUGCCGGAGUUCUUCACCGAGCGUGAUGUCAGCCGUGCGGAGAUGGCCGAGGUGCUGAAUGUGGUCCAUAUGCCGCCACUGCCGGGUCUGACCCCGAAUGGAUGCCGUGUGGUGAUGCUGCGCGGUACCGACAAGGAUAUCGCCACCCCGAACGUUGUCGAGUCGAUGAAGGCUACGCUGAUGAUCGGUGACAUCCGUCUGGCCGAAGAGUCGGUCGGUGUUGCCGGUGAUGUGUACGUGCUGGAUGCGAGCGUCGCCACCCCGACGCACUUUGCCAAGUUCACGCCGGCACUGGUGAAAAAGUUCCUGAUCUGCGUGCAGGAAGCGUACCCGGUGAAGCUGAAGGAGGUGCACGUCAUCAACGUGUCGCCGAUCGUCGACACGAUCGUCAACUUCGUGAAGCCCUUCCUGAAGGAGAAGAUCCGCGAGCGUAUCCACAUCCACAGCAACAUCGAGGAUCUGUACAAGUUCGUGCCGAAGGCGAUGCUGCCGAGCGAGUACGGUGGUGAUGCCGGCUCGUGCAAGGAGCUGAACGAUGCGUGGCGCGCCAAGAUGGGCGAAUACACGGCCUGGUUCAAGGAGCAGGAAGCUUCCAAGGCGAACGAAUCGCUCAGACCCGGUGCACCAAAGACGGCCGAUGAGCUGUUCGGUAUGGAUGGUACCUUCCGGCAGCUGACCAUCGAUUAAGCGCCCGGGAAUCGAGUCAUCCCUUCCAAACCAAACCAACCCAAACCCAUCAUCCACCGAUGCUACGUCAUGAACCCGCUUCGAAUCAUCUCAUCAAGUGUGUGUGUGUGCGAGUGUUUGUGUGACUUUCCAAUACCGAGGCUCUCGUAUAGCUUGCCCACUGUACAGCUAUGGACAGCACCCGGUAAGGAAUGAGCACAAACAUAACGAAAAGAAAAAAAAACACUCCCAUAAAAAUCCAUCCUUCAAUCCCAUUUAUUUUUCAACCCUUCAUCUACGUCACAUAAUCAUGUUUUUUUUUGCGUGUAGUGUUAGUAACGAAAAAAUCCUAAUUCUCAUUUGUAUAUUCCCUUUCCCCUCCCACCAAUAAAGGGGGGGUGUUUCCCUUUUCGUCCACUUCCGGGCGAGAAGGCUUUGAAUUCGAUUCGGAGAAUUGUCUAAAGAUUUCAAGACUUAUAAAGUCUGCUGCUAGUGAUGCUCAAGGAAAUGAAACGGAAAGCGAUCAUUCCAUCCUACAGGGCGGGAAUAAUGUGUGCAUGCUUGGGAGGCCACCCAACUUUUUGGGAGACGCUCCCAACACGCAUUAACUCGCCCUUUAACUUUUCCUCGUUUUGUUUUGCACGCUCUCGUACGAGAAUUGAGAUUUUUCCUGAUUACUCAUUAAUAUAAGCAAAAAAAAGUCAAUUUUGUUACAGUUUGUUGUAUUGCGUAUUGCUAUUAAAGACUUUCUUGUUUAAAAGGAA